AUGGCAUCUUCGGCAGAUAUAUACGUGUUUGGUGACCAAAGCAUUGCGGUACUUGACAAAUUGCAACGUCUUGUGCUGGUCAAAGACAAUUCAGUUCUGGCAUCAUUCCUGAACGCAGCAUUCUUAGCGAUUCGACGCGAGACACGCGCACUACCACCCACCGACAGAAACUCCAUCGCACAGGCAGAUAGCCUCGGUCUGCUCGUGGAGGCGGUUGGGAGGAGCACAACCCAUGCGGCUCUGGAUAGUUGCUUCUUAUGCGUUUACGAGAUAGGCUACUACAUUGACUAUCUUGCUCGAACGGGCAAACAGCAUCCCCCGUCUAGUCCGUCCUACUUCCUCGGUAUUUGCACCGGAGCCCUUGCGGCUGCUGCAAUCAGCUGUUCCACAAAUGUAUUCGAAAUAUCUAGACUAGGUGUACAGGCCGUUAUCGUCGCCUUCCGGCUUGGAAUGCACGUCUACAGGAGAGCCGAGCUUCUUGGUUACUCGACACCUGCAAGCUGGUCUGCAAUUCUGCCUUCGUACCAGGAGGACCUUGUGUCAGAGAUUUUAGCAAUGUUCUCAGCGGACAAGAAUCUACCCACAGCCUUGCAGCCGUAUAUCAGCGCUGUCGGUCCAGGUUUCACAACUGUCAGCGGUCCCCCAGCCGUGCUCGAGACAUUGAGAUCACUAGAAGCAUUUUCCGGCAAGAGACUGCACCCUGCCCCCAUCUACGGUCCUUAUCACUGCCCCCUGGCAUACUCUGAAAACGACCUUGAACAUGUCCUGGAUUCAACUCUCAGGGGCAUCGAGUGUCUGGGCAAUGAGGUGAUCAUUCCUCUGGUUUCUUGCGCUUCAGGGGCUCUUGUAGAACAGACCUCUUUCGGAGCUCUCUUGAAGGAUACCCUCAAAAGCGCCCUUGCACAACAGAUCCGGAUGGACCGCGUCACUGAUACGCUGUUCAAAAUUGCGUCGACCAAGGAUACAACAAUCACCCCAGUCAACACUCUGGCCGCGCGGAGCCUCACAGACUCCUUGUCUCAGAGAGGUGCUACCACACGCAUCGGUCGUACAUUGGAGGACCUAGCCAAGGAGAAGACCAGGGCCCCAGAAUGCUCGCAGGCAGCUCCAGAGGAUGCACACAAAAUUGCCAUCAUUGGAUUCAGUGGCCGAUUCCCGGAGGCAGACGACCUCGAUGAGUUCUGGGAUCUGCUCACCAAAGGCCUCGAUGUUCAUAAGACGGUGCCCGAGGAGCGCUUUGCCCGAGAUCAUUAUGAUCCUACUGGCCAGCGUAAGAACACUAGCCAGGUCCAGUAUGGGUGCUGGCUCAAGACUCCAGGCUAUUUUGACACCAAAUUCUUCCACAUGUCUCCUAAGGAGGCCAUGCAGACGGACCCGGCGCAACGAUUGGCCCUACUCACUGCAUACGAAGCGCUUGAGAUGGCGGGAGUCGUACCUGAUCGGACCCCUUCGACCCAGAGGAGCCGCGUUGGUGUCUACUAUGGGACGACAAGUAAUGAUUGGGGUGAGGUAAAUUCCUCGCAGGAUAUCGACACCUACUACAUCCCGGGAGCCAACCGUGCUUUCAUUCCCGGUAGGGUCAACUACUUCUUCAAGUUUACAGGUCCCAGCAUCGCUGUAGAUACUGCCUGUUCUUCUAGUCUCGCUGCCAUCAACCUUGCUACCAAUGCCCUAGUCAACGGCGAUUGCGACACCGCAAUUGCUGGUGGCACCAAUGUCCUCACGAACCCCGACAACUUUGCCGGCCUCGACCGUGGGCACUUUCUCUCGCGGACGGGAAACUGCAAGGCAUUUGAUGAUAGUGCUGAUGGCUACUGUCGAGCCGAUGGUGUUGGGACUCUCAUCCUCAAGCGACUUCCGGAUGCCAUCGCGGAUAACGACCCCAUCUUUGGCAUUAUCUUGGGUGCGCACACCAACCAUUCGGCGGAAUCCGUUUCAAUUACUAGACCCUUGGCGGACGCACAAGAGUACUUGUUCAAGAAGCUUCUGAGCGAGACCGGAAUCCACCCGCACGAUGUCAGUUACGUUGAGAUGCACGGAACGGGAACUCAAGCCGGGGAUGCCGUGGAGAUGCGCUCAGUACUUAAUUCGUUUGCUUUCGACCACAGUCGUCCCCGGGAUAAGGGCCUCUAUCUAGGAUCUGUCAAAGCCAACAUCGGACAUGCCGAGUCUGCCUCAGGGGUCAUUGCAGUCAUCAAGGUCCUGCUCAUGAUGCAGAAGAACAAGAUCCCCCCUCAUUGUGGCAUUAAGACCAAGAUCAACCAUAGCUUCCCUACGGAUCUCGAUUUCCGUGGUGUGCAUAUCGCAUUGGGACAUGAGGAGGACUGGCCUCGUCCUGUGAACGGCAAGAGGAUUGCGUUAAUCAACAACUUCUCUGCGGCAGGUGGAAACACUUCGCUGUUGCUAGAGGAUGGCCCUACAGCUUCUGAACUCGAACACCACCAAGCCGCGGACACGCGAACGGACUAUACAGUGUUGGUCUCGGCACGGUCCAGUAAGGCCCUAGAGGAAAACCUAAAGACUCUAGAAGGUUUCAUUGCCAACUCGUGGGCCCCAGAGAGUGAGUUAAUCUCCCAGCUCUCUUACACAACCACCGCUCGUCGCGUGCACCACAGCCACCGCGUAGCGUUCGUCACCAACGGCCUGGAAGACCUGCGGCGGUCUAUUUCCGCGGCGGCGAGCGUUGCUGCCGAAAUCAAGGGGAUCCCCGCAGUACCUCCAAAAGUCGGCUUUCUCUUCACCGGCCAGGGAGCCCAGGAAACUGCCAUGGCCAACGGCUACUACAAAAACUUCUCCUCAUUCCGGUCUGACAUUCACGAACUCGACUCUAUCGCGAAAUUCCAGGGCCUGCCUUCCAUUCUGCCACUGGUCGACGGGACGGUUCCGGUUGAGAAACUCUCUGCCGUCGUUGUCCAGCUCGGUACCUGCAUUAUCCAAAUCUCCCUGGCCCGAUUCUGGAUGAAUCUCGGCAUCAAGCCGCAGUAUGUUAUUGGUCACAGCCUAGGCGAGUAUGCCGCCCUUCAGUUGUCGGGUAUUCUCAGUGUCAAUGAUGCUAUCUACCUUUGCGGCCACCGAGCGGCUCUCCUCGAGAGAAAAUGUACAGCCAACACGCAUGGGAUGAUUGCCGUGAAGGCAGCAGCGGAUGAGCUAAGACAACAGAUUCCUUCUGACAUGCUGGUUGAGGUUGCUUGUAUCAACGGCAUGCAGGAUACUGUCCUCAGCGGUCCCAAUGCCGAUAUUGAUGCCCUCUGUGGGAUUCUCACCCAGGUAGGCUACAAGCUUCACAGGCUAGAAGUUCCCUUUGCCUUUCACUCUUCUCAGGUCGAUCCUAUUCUCGACGAGCUCGAAGAGCUGGCUUCGCGCGUGGAAUUCCGCGACCAGGUACUGCCAAUGGUCUCGACUUUGCUGGGUGCGGUGGUCACCUCUGGUGACAUGAUUGGGCCACAGUACAUCAGACGCCACUGCCGUGAAACUGUCGAUUUACUUGGCGCCAUUCAGAUGGCCGAGACCGACGGUAUAAUGGACCGGGCUGGCAUAUGCAUUGAGAUCGGAGCCCACCCGAUCCUCACAAGGAUGGUCAAGUCUAUCAUCGGACAAGACCUCCGAUGCUGCGCUUCCCUCCGUCGCAAGGAGGACUUCUUUAGAACUCUGGCGGAUUCGCUAUGCGCUCUUCACCUCGUCGGAUUGUCUGUUAACUGGGAUGAAUAUCACCGCGACUUUGCGUCUUCUCGCAAGGUGCUCUCUCUUCCUAAGUACAGCUGGCAACUUGCAAACCACUGGAUGCAGUACAAUUAUAGCUGGUGCCUAACUAAGGGUGACAUUCCAGUGGAGGCCCCUUCAGCUGCUGCCAUGCCCGUGCAGUCAAAAUCCACCAGGCUAAGCGACUCCGUUCACGAUGUCGUUGAACAGACUCUUGGCGCAAAGAGAAGCUCCAUUACAAUUCAGUCCGACAUGCACGACCCGGCUCUCUUAAGGAUUACGCAGAACCAUCGUGUGAACGGGUUGACUAUGGCUCCUUCGACUCUCUUUGCCGACGUGGCUUUCACCAUGGCUAAACACCUCAUUGAGAGUCGUGGGCCCGAGAUGAAUGCUUACAUUCCCGCUAUCAAUAACAUGGCUGUUGAGAAAGCCCUCAUUGUGAACGAGAGCGGCCCCCAACUGCUUAGGGCAUCAUUGGAGGUGAGCUGGACGAGCAUGUACGGCUCAAUGCAGGUCUACAGCGUGAACGAGCUUGGAAAACAAGCGACUCUUCAUGCAGUAUGUGAUGUCGUCAUCGAAGACCGCCAGAAAUACCGCGAGAGCUGGCAGAGCCACCUGUAUCUCAUCGAGAGAAGUGUUGCGCAACUUACUCAAGGGGUUGGUGGCGGUUCUGCCCAUAUGAUGCACCGUGGUAUGCUGUACAAGAUGUUUUCUACCGCGGUGCAGUACGGGCCUGCUUUCCAGGGUAUCCAGCAGGUCUGGUUCGAUACUGCGGGCCUCGAGGGUACUGCAAAGGUCUUCCUGCCCUCCGGGAAUGAUCAGUUUGCCCUCAAUCCAUACAUUUGUGACAGCCUGGGUCACCUCACGGGCUUUAUCAUGAACUGCAGCGAUACCCUAGACCUUGACGGCUACGUUUAUGUCAACCACGGGUGGCGCUACCUGCACCUGGCCGAGCCCUACCAGUGUGGCGUGCACUAUCAGACGCAUGUGAAGAUGCAGGCUGUUGGCUCUGACGACUCCACCUAUAGUGGUGAUGUGCAUGUUCUUCGUGAUGGCAACAUCAUUGCCAUCUGUGGGGGCGUUACCUUCAAGAAGGUUUCUUGUAAGGUCUUGGAAAUGCUUCUUCCCAACCCUUUGACAGACAAGGCCAAGACAACCAAGCUCGCUGCUCCUGACCCUGCUAGCUAUAACCCGCCAGCUCUCCCGUUCAUCACCAAGCACAGUUCUGGCUUGGCUUCACCAUCUGACCAAGUGGAGCCGCCUGUUGAUGUUUGCUCCGGUCUUGUUGAGAAGGCGCUGGUGAUUAUUGCUGAUGAGAUUGGGGUUGACCUGGCUCAGCUUACUGACUCUGUUUUCUUGGCGGACUUGGGGGUGGAUUCGCUCAUGUCGUUGACCAUUCUGGGCAACUUCCGCGAGGAGCUUGACUUGGAUAUUCCAGCCGUUCAGUUCUACGAGUGCUCUACGGUCAAGGACUUCAAACGCUUUAUCACCGUUUUUGCAGGCAUCACUGACGACAGCCUUUCAAGCUCCGCAUCGGAGACAGAAAGCGCCACAUCUAGGGCUGCCUCCACAACCCCAAGUACGAAUGGCGAAAUACCCGCCGAAUUAGGAAAGAAUCCUUCUAUUGAUUUUAUACACGACGAGAUCAAGCCUGUUGUCCAUGAGAUUCCUCGAUCGACAUCCACCUUGCUGCAGGGGACAAAACACUGUUCCAAGACCAUCUUCUUGUUUCCUGAUGGUGCUGGCUCGGCGACUUCCUAUGUCACACUGCCGCCAAUUUCGCCCAACUUGCGGGUCAUCGGGUUAAACAGCCCGUACCUCACAAAGCCGCGGGAGUUUAACUGCGCUCUCCAGGACAUUACCGGUUCCUACAUUAACGAGGUCCGUCGACGCCAGCCCCAUGGUCCAUACCACCUUGCUGGCUGGUCGGCAGGAGGCGUCUCGGCAUUUGAUGCCGCGCGGCAGCUCGUUGCCGAGGGUGAGGUUGUCGAGAGUCUCACCUUAAUUGACUCUCCUAACCCCAUCGGCCUCGGCAAGCUUCCAAAGCGCAUGUACGACUUCCUAGAGAACUCGGGCAUAUUCGGCGCCUUCGAGAUGGGCGAGGAGGCCCACGCCCCGCCGGACUGGCUCUUCCAGCACUUCUGCGUCUUCAUCGAGGCACUGGACCGGUACAUUCCUCAGCCUUUCGAGCCCGACUCGGCGCCUAGAACCACCAUCAUCUGGGCCAGGGACGGAGUGUGCAAGAAUCCGGACGACUCACGCCCCGAAACACAGCCUGACGAUCCUCGUGGCAUGAACUGGCUUCUGGACAAUAGAAGCGACUUUGGACCAAACGGGUGGGACGAGUUCAUCGGCGUCGAGAAUAUCAGUACCUUUGCGAUAAAGCAUGCCAAUCAUUUCACCAUGAUGAGGGAACCGGCUGCGUCGUCGCUCUGUGCCAUGAUUCGUGAGGUUUUAAAUAUUUAA